AUGACUUCCUGUCCUGUCCAACCUCACGAGCACAUGGAUAUGAUGUACAUCUCCAUUGAGACCACUAUUGCUCUGGCCUCUGUGGUGGGGAAUGUACUGGUGGUGCUGGUGGUGUAUGAAAACCGGGCUCUCCGCAACGCAACCUUCUGCUUCAUUGUGUCUCUGGCCGUGGCUGACAUCGCUGUGGGACUUUUGGUCAUCCCUCUAGCUAUCGUUAUCAGUGUGGGAUAUUACACUCAGUUCUACACAUGCCUCUUCCUGUCUUGCCUGAUUCUGAUGAUCACCCAGAGCUCCAUCUUUUCCCUACUGGCAAUAGCCAUCGACAGAUAUCUGCGAGUCAAAAUUCCUACCAGGUACAGCAUCAUAGUGACUAAUGGGCGAGCGUUCGUGGCAAUUUGUCUCUGUUGGAUUCUUUCCUUCCUCACUGGAUUGGUUCCGAUGACUGGCUGGAAUAACCGGGAUACCAUAAACCGCAGCAACUCCAGUGAGAUAUGCUGCCAAUUCACCGCUGUUAUAAGGAUGGACUAUAUGGUGUACUUUAAUUUCUUUGUCUGUGUGGCACCACCACUGCUGAUAAUGAUCACUCUGUAUGUGGAGAUCUUUAGGGUAAUACGGAAGCAACUUAACCGCCGUGCUGAGGCCACCUGUGAUGGAGACAAGUACUUCCGGAAGGAGCUGAAACUAGCCAAAUCGUUGGCCUUGGUGGUCUUUCUCUUUGCUUUUUGCUGGCUCCCAAUACAUAUCAUGAACUGCGUCACUUUAUUUUGCCCAAAUUGUAUCAAUCCGUUAGCCUCAAAGGUAGGGAUUUUCAUGUCCCAUGUAAACUCGGCUCUUAACCCGCUGGUUUAUGCAUUCAAGAUGAAGCAUUUCCGUGCCACACUCAUCCAAAUCAUUCGCCGUUGCAUGUUAUGUAAACCCGUAGAAGCGACUGCAUACCCUACAAGCACAGUAGUUCUAAAUUAGAAAGUGAAUUUAAGUGUAUAAAAAGGACUGCAAUA